CUGGAUCCGUGACCAAGUUUAAAUUCAAAUCGACCAAAACAAUAAAAUUGAAAAAUACAUAAAAAGAAGCACGUUUUGGAGACACGUUCUUCUGUGUUCCGGUCUCCUAUGCAAGGGACGGUUUUGCUCGUCCGCUGUUGUUAGCCUGUUUGCGUCAUGACUUCUAGCUAUGCGCAUGUAAUGGAAAGACGAGCCGUCGCGGUGCCCAGCAGACUGGAAAGCCCCAUCACAGCCAACGUGGACAACCUGCAGGCAAAAAAAAACUUCUCGGUGAGCCACCUGUUGGAUCUGGAAGAUACAAUGGUGGGAGCGCAGGCGGAUGAGAGCGUGGGGGAGACCAGGACCAUGCUGGAGUCUCCAGGUCUGACGAGCGGCAGCGAUACCGCGCAACCGGAGAAUGAACAGUUGAACUCGGAGGAGAAGAAGAAGCGUAAGCAGAGGCGGAACAGGACCACGUUCAACAGCAGUCAACUGCAGGCGCUGGAGCGAGUGUUUGAGAGGACGCACUACCCUGACGCCUUCGUGAGAGAGGAUCUGGCCCGCAGAGUCAAUCUCACCGAGGCCCGAGUGCAAGUAUGGUUUCAGAACCGGCGGGCGAAGUUCCGCCGUAACGAGCGGGCCAUGUUGGCCAGUAAGAACGCCUCACUCCUCAAGUCGUACUCAGGAGACAUAACAGCGGUGGAGCAGCCCAUCGUGCCUCGUCCCGCCCCGCGUCCCAAUGACUACCUAUCCUGGGGCAGCGCCAACCCUUACAGCUGGUUUCCGGGUUCGGAGGGAGGGCCAGUGCGAGUGCCACAGAAAAUGCUGCCCACAGAAACACAAUGGCAGCCUACCCACCCACUUGUGCCAACACCACUUCCACCCAGGGAAUGAACAUGGCCAACAGCAUCGCUAACCUGAGACUAAAAGCCAAGGAGUACAGCCUCAACCAGGUCCCCACUGUUAACUGAGUGGAGGAGGUGCGACAGAGUAAAGAAGGGAGGAUGAAAAUGAAGAAGAGGAAGCCUCAAAGGAGUUGGAUGACUUCAAAAAUGGGACAAAUUGGUCUGAGUUUCCUCUUUCUCCAAAACUCCAUUGGGAAUGGAACGAUCUAAUCCUCCUUCUGGAAUUAUGGCUCUUAACCUCUCCUCCUCCUCCUCCUCCU